AUGGGUGGUGAGGUCGCUGGUUCAAACAUCGAUGGAUAUGUGUCAAAUCUUGAAAACAAGAGAAUUGAUCUCUUUGAUCGUGGCACCAAAGGAUGUGGGGAAGAUAAUGUCUUGCUAGCACCGUAUGAAGUUACCGUGGAUGGCUGCUAUUUGCUGGUGCAAACUGUUCAAGACACCAUCAAUGUUGGAACAGAAACUGCAGCAGCACUCAAGGAUCAGAUGGAGUUAGCAUUGAUGGCUGCAAGUAACACUUUAGUCCCCUUAGUACUUGCCAAUUCGAUGGCUUUAAUCUUGCUGGAUGAUAUAUCAAUGAUUUUAUAUGGCUAUAUCUCUGCAGCCAUGACAAAUCAACAGCUAGUAGAUAGUGGAAACCGGAUGAUGGAUGAGACUGAUCAAGCCAUCGAGAGGUCAAAAAAGCUCGUGAACCCAAACAACAAGGACAUCAGGGAUAUUCCAGGAUUAGCCCCACCAGCAAUGACUCGGAAAUUACUUUGGAGUGCUAGUUAA